AUGUUGGUGCUUCAGGUCUGUGUUGCGCUGGCGAUCGCGGCUCUUUCUGGGGCGGUCCCGGCUCCCGUGAAGCAUGUUUUGCACGAGAAGCGUGAUCAGCAUGUUGACUGGGUCAAGGGUGAGCGCGUUAAGCGCGAUUCCGUGCUGCCUGUGCGCAUUGGUCUCACCCAGAACAAUUUGGAGAAGGGUGAGGAGCUUCUCAUGACUGUCUCUGACCCUACCUCGCCUAAGUAUGGACAGUACUGGUCGGCAGAGGAGGUUCAUGAUAUGUUUGCUCCCCCCAAGGAGUCUGUUGACUCUGUCCGUCAGUGGCUCGAGUCCUCGGGUAUUGAUAAGUCCCGGGUUGUGCACUCGGACAACAAGGGGUGGCUGGCCUUUGAUGCCUAUGCCCAUGAAGUGGAGAAAUUGUUCAUGACUGAGUUCUACGAGCACGAGCAUUCUCACACUGCCAGCUUGAAGAUUGGUUGCGAAGAGUACCAUGUCCCCGAGCACAUCCAGCACCACAUUGACUACAUCACACCCGGAGUCAAGCUUAGCCCCAUUGUGAAGAAGAGCACCAAGGCAAAGCGAGCGUCACACUUGGCCCAUUCCAAGGGCGAAAUUGCAUCCGAUAUCUCCAAACCCAAGGUCGUUCCUCCCAAGGCUAAGGGACUGCCUGCAGAGCUCCAGAACUGUGGUUCUGACAUGACCCCGGCCUGCAUCAAGGCCUUGUACAAGAUCCCUGAUGCUACUAAGGCUAAGAAGGGUAACUCGCUCGGUCUCUACGAGCAGGGUGAUUACUUUGCCAAGUCUGACCUUGACCUCUACUACAAGGAUUAUGCUCCUUGGAUCCCGCAGGGCACCUACCCUAUUCCCGCCUUGAUCGAUGGAGCCAACUACUCCGUGCCUGAUUAUAGCGCACUCAACAGCGGUGAAUCGGAUAUUGACAUUGACAUGGCUUAUGCGCUUAUCUACCCCCAGGAAGUGACUCUCUACCAGGUCGACGACCAGGUUUAUGAGCCGGUCGAGGUUGCGACCACCAACUUGUUCAACACUUUCCUCGAUGCCCUCGAUGGUUCUUACUGCACAUACAGUGCCUAUGGUGAAACAGGCAACAACCCGGACAUCGACCCAGUCUAUCCGAACCCAGACCCUGCUGGCUACAAAGGCAAACUCCAAUGUGGCGUCUACAAGCCAACAAACGUAAUCAGCGCCUCCUACGGCCAAGCCGAAGCCGACCUCCCCGCCGCCUACACAAAACGCCAAUGCAACGAGUUCCUCAAGCUAGGUCUGCAAGGCCACUCAAUCCUCUUCGCCUCCGGCGACUACGGCGUCGCCUCCUUCCCAGGCGACGGCACCCCGAACGGCUGCCUCGGCCCCGAAGGCAAGAUCUUCAACCCCCAGUACCCCUCCAACUGCCCCUACGUGACCUCCGUCGGCGGUACGAUGCUCUACGAAGACCAGACCGUCCACGACGCCGAGAGCGUCAUGCACGCCGACCUGGGCGGCACCGCGGCAAACUUCAGCAGCUCCGGCGGCUUCUCCAAUUACUUCCCCCAGCCACUAUACCAGAAGGCUGCUGUCGAAAAGUACUUCAAAAAGGCUAAGCUGAGCUACCCGCACUACUCGGGGAUGAACGUCAAUCUGAACACGACAAAGGGUCUUUUCAAUCGCAUUGGUCGCGCUUAUCCUGAUGUCGCGGCUAAUGGCGCUAUGUUCCCUGCGUAUACGGGUGGGACUGUGCAUCACUACUACGGUGCCAGCUUGGCGUCGCCGUUGUUUGCGUCUGUGCUAAACUUGAUCAACGAGGAACGUCUUGCUAAGGGUAAGGGUCCGGUUGGAUUCGUCAACCCUGUGCUUUAUGCUCACCCGGAGGUGCUUAAUGAUAUUACCAAUGGUACCAAUGUUGGUUGUGGAUCUGAGGGAUUCAGUGCUAUUCCUGGAUGGGAUCCUGCCACUGGAUUGGGCACACCCAACUAUCCUAAGCUGAAGAAACUGUUGCUGUCUUUGCCGUGA